UUUUACCGACUUACAGAAUGCGAAGACACAGUUACAAAUUGUGCGAAAUACGGCGCGCUGUGUAACAAUGUCACCUACGCGUCGUUUAUGAAAAGGCAGUGCAGGAAAAAAUGCGGAUAUUGCUUUACCAGUCAGAAAUUUUUGUAUCUUUUAUACUAUCUGACUUUUUUAAUUUUAGAGUGUAAAGGUGAACUUUCAAACUGUGCAAAAAAAAUUGGACUUUGCGAUAAAUUUGAGUAUGCGUCGUUAAUGAGCAGUCAUUGUAGGAAGCAUGUGCAUACUGUCCGAUGA